GUAGGAGAACGCAUGCGCACAGUGGCCCGACCACGCGCUCGGUACCGCCCUCUUGCAGCAUCAGGAAGCUGAGCCCCCGGCUCCCGCGCGGAUGCAGCUGCGCAUGCGCAUCUGGUUUGAACUGUGUUAUUUACAUCUAGAGGCAGGAAAACGAGAAGUUUCCGGAACUAACAGCAGCAGCUCCCGCAACAUCCUGUUUGAGGAGGAGGGUGCCCCGCCUCUCACGGAAGUGGAUGGUGGGCUGGGAGAGGGAGAAAGGCUUCUCCAGUGGCCGGGGCCGCUGACUGGAAGAAGGAAGUGGCGCACGGAAGGUGCCGGCCCGGUUCCGGUUCCGGUGCGGGUGCGCGCGCAGGCGGGGAUGAAGCUGCUGACCCACAACUUGCUGAGCUCCCACGUGCGUGGGGUGGGGCCCCGGGGCUUCCCCCUGCGCAUCCAGGCCACCGAGGUCCGCGUGAGCCCCGUGGACUUCAACCCUGACUUCGUGACGCGCAUGAUCCCCAAGAUGGAGUGGACGGCGCUGGUGGAAGCGGCCGAGAGCCUGGGCCACCUGUCAGAGCUGCCCCGGGAGCUGGCCGAGGGCUACGAGAAGGACGAAGAGUUCCUGCGGAAGGUCCACCACGUCCUGCUGGAGGUGGAGGUGGUGGAAGGCACUCUGCAGUGUCCGGAGUCGGGCCGCCUGUUCCCCAUCAGCCGAGGGAUCCCCAACAUGCUGCUGAGCGACGAAGAGGCGGCGUCCUAGGCCGCAGCCGCCGCCCCCCACCCCCCUCCCGUAUCCCAGACCACACAGAGCCUGGGAGAUGGGAUGAUUGCCGUUAUAUUUUUUUUUCCUCAUUAAAGGUUCAAAACUGAA